CUGAGCCUUCGGAGCCAUCAUCAUCACAACAUCUCAUCUUCAUCCUCAAAAGUCCGUCUGCACCUGCAGACCAUCUUCAGCCACAAUCCUCUCCACCGAUCGACCAAGAGUCAUAGUCCUUCUUCAAGCGACAUGACGUCCCCAGCCUCGUCGAGCCGAUCCUCUCCAAGUUCCUCCUUCCGUAGCUUCAGAAGCCGGGUUCGAGCACCGGUUACAGACCUCGACUCUGCCAUCCUCUCCUCUCCCGUCUCCGUCUCGGCCCUCCCGAGCCAUCAACACCCCCAACCAUACCGGAUCCGUCGACAGCCCUCAGCCAUCGAUCUGGCGCUGCAAGAGGAAAUUCUAUACGCCAAUGAGGUCGAGACGAUCGGGUUGGGCCUUCUCGAGCCCAGACCUCGAGCAAACACUGCUUCAUCAACUGGAUCGGCGGCCUCUCAGCAGCAAUGCUCCAUCAUGGAAUUCAUGCACGAGACGGCCGUCACGCCUGUCGUUUUGGACUCGAUCUUCGACGUCAUGGAGCGGUCAUAG